UGUUGGUGCGUGAGGUGGUUGCGGGGGUUGGGGUGGGCAUCAGCGCAAGGUCGUCGGGUAAGAGGAGUUUUGUGGGUCAGUGUGUGGGUGCUGGAGUUAUUGGGCAUUGUGUGAGAUGGGGUCAAGAGGUUCCGGCGGGUUCCGACGGAAGGUUAGAGGGUUCCGGCAGGAGGUCAAGGAGUUCCGCGGUUGGCUUUGGGCCGUCGGUUGGCUUGGGCAGGUGGUUACGGUGGUGGGGUUGGGUUGGGUUAGGAUUUAGAGUUUUUUUAAUUUAAUUUUAUUUAUAUUUUUUAAACCAAUAAUCAAUUGCCAUGUGUCAUGAUUAAGCCUCCGUUAGUCAUUAAUGGCACUCGAUGAAUUAUUUAAAAACUGAGGGACAUUUGGUGAAUUCUGAAAAGUCCGAUGGCAUUUGGUGAAUUUUUAAAUUUGUCAGUGGCAUUUGGUGAAAUUUUCGAAAAAAAGAAAAAUGUUGCCCAAAUGAAAUUAUCUAUGUUCCAAUUCCACAAGAAAAAAAAAAGGUAAAAAGAAAAAAGGAAAAAAAAAAUCAAAUGAAGAGAAUAAAAGACUCAAUUCGUUAUGAUCUUUUUUGACUUCUAAACAAGAAGUGGGAGAAAAUAGUUGAAGCAGUAGCAAGGCUUGACCUUUUUAGUUAACAUCACCGCGAAGCUCCUCAAAUCACAAAACCCAGUUCAUAAAUUAUACACUGCGAUUCAUUAAUGGAAGAUAAAGCAGUUGCUGUGAUCUUGGUCGGUGGGCCCACCGAAGGAACUACAUUUCGACCGUUAUCAUUCAAUACUCAAAAACCCUUGUUUCCUAUUGCUGGCCAUCCUAUGAUCCACCAUCAAAUUUCUGCUUGCAAAACUAUACCAAAUUUGGUUCAAAUCUUUCUCAUUGGAUUAUAUGAAGAGCGUGAUUUUGCUUUGUAUGUGUCUUCAAUCUCAAAUGAGCUGAAAGUUCCGGUUAGAUACUUGAAAGAAGACAAACCACAUGGGUCUGCUGGUGGACUGUAUCAUUUUCGAGAUCUGAUUAUGGAAGAUGGGCUGUCACAUAUUAUUCUUCUGAAUUUUGAUGUCUGCUGCAGUUUCCCACUAGCAAACAUGCUGGAUGCCCACAGGAGAUAUGGUGGUAUGGGUACAUUGUUAGUAAUUAAGGUUUCUGCUGAAUCAGCCAACCUGUUUGGUGAGUUGGUUGCCGAUUCUGAUACAAAAGAGUUAUUGCACUACACAGAAAAGCCUGAGACAUUUGUUAGUGAUUUGAUAAAUUGUGGCAUAUAUGUGUUUACUCCAGAAAUUUUUUCAGCUAUCCAGGGUGUGCUUGCCAAUCAGGAAGACAGAGGAUCUCUACGUCGCUUGUCCAAUUAUGAGUCAUUGCAUUCAGCUACGAGGGCCCUCCCUGCAGAUUUUGUAAGAUUGGACCAGGACAUUUUGUCUCCUUUGGCUGGAAAGAAACAAUUGUAUACCUAUGAAACAUUGGAUUUCUGGGAACAAAUUAAGACUCCCGGCAUGUCCUUGAAAUGUUCUGGGUUGUACCUUGCUCUAUUUCAGCAGAAUGCUCCCCAUCUUCUGGCUAGUGGGGAUGGUACAAAGAAUGCUACGAUUGUUGGUGAUGUUUAUAUCCACCCAUCAGCUAAAGUACAUUCGACUGCAAAGAUUGGUCCAAAUGUGUCAAUAUCAGCUAAUGUUCGCAUAGGACCUGGUGUAAGGCUUGUAAACUGCAUCAUUUUGGAUGAUGUUGAGAUUCAGGAAAAUGCACUUGUUACACAUGCUAUUAUUGGAUGGAAGUCUUCAGUUGGGAGAUGGUCACGUGUUCAGGCUGAUGGUGAUUACGACUCUAAGCUUGGAGUUACAAUCCUUGGAGAAUCUGUUAAUGUAGAAGACGAAGUUGUUGUCAUUAACUGCAUUGUUCUUCCAAACAAAGUUCUUAAUGUGAGCAUGCAAGAAGAGAUCAUAUUAUAGUUACGGAAGCAUUUUCUGAUUUUUCUCACAUGACUUGGAGUGGGCAGAAAAAAUUCUGCUAUGUUAAGUGUGUUUUGCACCUAGUGAUAGUUGUCUGAGACUUGAUGUUUUGACUGAUAAAACAUCUUGAGCAACACAUACUGAAUCUCUAAUUUCUGAAAUACUGGUCAAAGCCACCUCAUGUAUCUAUCUUCGAGAAGAGUUUUGCAAACACUUUCUUUUUUUACUGCAUCUAUCUGAUUGAACAAGUGAAAUUUUUUAUCUA